UCUUUUGUAUUUGGUUGGAAGGCGAGGAGUGUGUGGAGUGCAUAGUCUCUUUUGUCCUUGAGGCUUCAAGGGAUGGAGUUGGUGUUCCAUUCAGCAUCCUCAUCGUACCUACCAUGGACAAGAAGAGGCAAUGACAAUGGCUGGUGGCCCUUGACAUCAUCAAGGCGAUCACGCAGGAGUAGCACAAAGCUGCGAGUGGCUGCAUCUGUAGAGAACAGGAAGAUGGAGCUGUUGAAGUGCAUCCAGGACACCGAAAGAGGUCUCUCCGCCACUCCCGAGCAGCGAUCUUCCAUCGAGGAGGCUCUGGUGAGCUUAGAAGGCUACAGCGGGGGCCACCCUAUCAGUCUCCCCAAAUUGGACGGCACAUGGCGCCUCCAGUAUACUUCUGCUCCCGAUGUCCUCAUUCUUCUCCAAGCCGCUGCCACUCUUCCUUUCCUUCAGGUUGGACAGAUCUUUCAGAAGUUUGAGUGCCUAAAUCAAUCCCAUGGGGGUCUUGUCCGCAAUAUUGUCCGAUGGAGUAUUCCAACUUUCUUAGAGGAACAAGAAGGUGCUACGUUACUUGUUUCUGCCAAGUUUAAGCUUGUUUCCCUGCGUAAUAUCUACCUUCAGUUUCAGGAGAUCACAGUUCAAGAUAUAAAUAUUAGCGAAGAACUGCAAGCAGUAAUAGCUCCGGCGGUACUACCACGAUCUUUUAUAAGUCUGCAGAUCUUGCAAUUUCUACGUGCAUUCAAAGCGCAAAUCCCUGUGAGGGAUCCAGGAAGGGAAUCAGUAGGAGGACUAUACUACCUUAGUUAUUUGGAUGAGAAUGUUCUGUUGGGUCGUGCUGUUGGUGGUGGAGGGGUUUUUGUAUUUACCAGAGCCCAAUCUCUGUACUGAUAUGCAAGUGGCUGGCCACAUUAGUAGUGGCUUUUGCCUAACUGAUGAUGGGAUUACAUCAGAUGUAAUGUAGCUCUAUGCUCACUCUGAUUUGUUUUCCUUCGCUUCUGAGUUACAAGGUAGAUUUGUUCGUACAUAUCUUUACUGAUUCGUUGUAUAUUUGCAAAGUAAGGAGAAUGUCUGUCUGCAAAUUUUCAAGUAUCAUUUUGAAAUUUGAAGUGGGUAAACCAAAAGUUGGAGCUUAUAGGAUCAGCCUGGUAUUCACAAGAUUCAUAAUUUGCGCUGAUGUCCCAGGAGAUGAAGCAAUUUAAAUUAUGAGAAUUGCCUGAAUGCCCAAAUUCAUUUAAAAUUGGCGGUGGAGAAAACUUAAUAGAAUUGUUUGUCUCAAUCUGUUUCUGUAUUUCCUCCUUACAAGCAAACAUCUAUGAUUUGAUAAAUUCCCAGUUCAAUAAAUUUGCUUGCUGUGGUACUAGUAUACGAUCUCAAAUCUAUUACUCUUUGACAUCAUUUUUUGCCAUUUGUUGAUUUGAAGAUAACUUGUUGUAAGGACAAGACUUUUCGUAUACUACAACUAGUGAUCUGUGACAUUGACAACAAUAGCUCUCCGAAUCCAUGUAUUUCCAGAUUGAAAUCUCUCAAACUAUAAAUAGGAAAGAGUCAGCAGCUAGACUCGAAUAAAGGUGUCACCUCAGUUUUUGUUUUCAACUUGUAAGGCGAUGAUUCAUUACUAUAGAGCUACGUGAAAGAUUCCAUGUCAGACUCAUGUCUUGCAAUAAAUUCGUUAAACUCGAGAUGAGGUAGAAUGGAAGCCCAUUCUGAUUCCCUAUCUCUGCUGUAUGUAUAUAUGGACCGUAAUAUUCUAUAAUUUGAGUUGGGUAAGAUGAAAAACAAUUGGUUGCAAAAUACGAGAGUGGUACGUCACUUGCUAGUCAGCAAAAGGCAACCGCUUUAUUAGUAAUUAAAUUGGAUAUUAAAAGAGGCAACAAACAGCAAGCACCUACCAAUCAAAAAGGAAGGGAAGAUGGAAGAAGAGGAGGAGGCGGGGAUGGGGAAGUUGCCGGAGCAUGUGGUGACAGAGAUAUUCAUAAGGGCGGGUGUGUGGGAGUGGCCCCAGAUAUCGUGCGUGAGCAAGAAGUGGGCUUCCAUGUUCCGCAGCGAAUCUUUCUGGCAAGGCGCUCUCUCCUUCACUUACCCCUUCUUCGCCAAUAAUUCCUGGCCAGGCCCCAUUCCUCCUCCCCCUCACCCCAAGAGGAGAUUCAUGGCCCUCUAUAUCACCCAACACCUCUUUGCUUCCGAUCCUCACACGGACGAGGUCAUCGGCCACUGCUACCUCUUCCUCAGGGACCAGCUUCACCUCCAUCCCUCUCUUAUGCCCCCUCACUCUGGCAUCCUUCAUGGAACCCUUAUUGAUCAGUUCAUUGCUUGUGGCAAGUCCAGAGACGUAGCCCACGAUCUUGCUUCUCGAAUAUGGCUGGCUGUUGUUGACAAUCUCCAUGAAGACCACCACACUUAUUCUUUGCUUAAACGCCUUGCCCAAGAAGGGGAUCAGAUCUUUCUUCCAUACCCAUACACUAGAUCUGUCAAAGUGCAAUGGAGGGUGUUUGAGAAGCUUUUCACCGAUUUCCGUGAUUGCUUCAACAAUCUAGAUUAUUAUGAUAUUUUGGCAUGUGCUAAAAGCAGGUUUCACCCUAUACCAUCUGCUUGGUUAGGUCGCUAGUUAGCAACCACAACAAGCCCAUUCUUUUCCAAACAUCAAUUCUUGUUUAUUCAGAUCCAAAUUAUAGGGUUACUCUGCUCUCUGUAGCUUGUAACUUGUAACAGCAGUUGCUGUAAUGUAUUAUAUUCUAUUAGAUCAUUAUCGCUA